CGUCAACCGCUCGCGGACUGUUCGCUUACGAGCUUAAGCAAAAUCAAGGGAACGCUCUCUACCCAGUAUCCUUCUGCAGAAUCUUUAAAAAUAUCCACCAUCCUUGGAUCAAGAAAGAACGAUACCUUCGUCAGGGCCAGGGAUACUACUCACUGUAAGUUUUAUGGUUAUAUUUUGAUCAUGAACCCAUUUGCAGCCCUCGGACGAUGUCGUUUACCGUACGAUACUCUGUUAUUGUGUCUGUGUAUGACAGUUUGUGGAUGGCAACAGCCCAGAAGCUGAUUUUUGUCACUUUCCAUUUAAUGUUCGACAAAAGGAGAACAUAUGCUUCCAAUUUAAGACCUAAUAAGUGAAAAAAACGUUAACCAAGAGGGCACAAACAUCAGUGUUUACGAGUUGGACGUGUGGGAGUGUGCUAUAUAUUUAUUACAUGGAUGGUAAAGAAUUUCGGUUCAUUUUGCGUUGUAUCUAAACAGCAGUAAUACAAUGUCCUCUCCAGCUCAUUCGGGAUUUUCUUAUAGCCUUGGUUUUGCAAUUUUGUUGCCUUUAAAACACCUUUAAAUGCAAAAACAAUUGCAAGGACCAUGAUCUUGUUGAAGCUUUGAAUUCCAUUUCCUGUCGUGUAUGCAUAUUGUGGAUUUGUAGUUUCGCGCCGACGUAAUCAGCAUAGUACGUUACUUGAACGAUCACUAAAAGCUUGUGUUGCUAUGCCACAUUUGCUGAGGAAGUAUGCUCUUCUAUCUCUUGUUUUUCUGAUAGUUUUGUGUUGCCUUCUGUGCUAAAAUUUCGAGUUUCCCCAGUCGGAAGUUGAAAUCCUGUGUGGGUGUACGACGGGGCAAGUUUUUGCUGGUGUCAACCAAUUCUUUCUAUUAUUUUCUAGAAUUUACUAUCUUGUGCCUAUAAAUUUUGUUCACAUCGUAAGAAUGCUUGUUAUUUUCUUUGAUUCAUUGCAAACAUCUGUUGUAACUUGCCUUUUCGUAGUGAAAAUCUUCCUUACACCAUCGUUUUGCCUAAUUACUAGUGUAUUUACACUGAACAUUCGAUGAAAGGAAUUGGUAGUCUUCGUAUCAGUUGUUCGUUCUUCUUCGUUAUGAAACUCGAAAGAAAGCUUUUGCUCACGUACUCUACAUGGCUCGAGAAGUGAAAUCGCUGAAACGAACAUACUUGUUUUGAUUUAGCCAUUCAGUUCUUUGAACCAAUGAAUUGUUUUCGUCGAAUCGAUAUGUCGUCAUGAUCUGUUGUAAAUAAAGUUUACACUUCGCCUUGAGCGGUGUCAUAACAUUGGUUUUGCCGUAGACACUGUGAUUCUCACUCUGGUUGAGACACUUGUUUUUAGAGAAAGAUCUUUGUCAGCGAUACACCAAAGAUGUUGGGUUUUGUAAUUGUGUGACACGGCGCUUUUGGUCAGAAGAAAUCAACAUAUGGGUUUCACGAGGAUUGACGAGUCUCCUGUAGACCGUUUCAAGAUUUUUUUUCCAGUCCUUGUGGAGUUUUAAGUAAAUACAGUUCUGUUGAAAAUUUUCGUGUGGUUUCAUUGUGUUGGUUAGGUGAUGUAAUUUAUUCUUAUCAAGUGAAGAUUUAGUAGUUUUAUUCUUGCUUGAACUUCUAUCUACAUGUAUAAAAAUAUUCAAGACAUGCUAGGUUGUAUGGAACGUGUAAGUUACUUCCACAUUCAACAGAGACAAUUACUGCAGCAACUUAACUCUCUCUUUUUUUCCCUUAUUUUUCAGUCUCCUCAUCUGAGUUUUUUAUAAUAAGUUGGUACUUCUGAUUUUUGUAUGAGACAGGAGGUGCUAUAAUAAUUUUUAUGGUUACUGCCUCCUAAGUAGGCAAAGCCAUGAUGUUGUCCUGUUGAGUGAGUGAGGGUAGCAAUAGAAUAGAAAUAACCUCUUGGUUCACAACAAAGUCUUCCGAGUUUUACCUGAUAUUCCUCAGUCUUGGCUUUUGUUUGUUUCAAACAUCUUUGGUUGUUCAAUGCUUUGUGACAAUUUCUGUGAAUCACUUUGAAUUUUACACUGAAUUUCAGCAGGUGAUUGCACUGUUUUUCAGUGCUACUCAUUAUUUGUCUCUUAGUUCACUAAAGAAGACAAUAAACAUCUCACAAACAUUUCAGAAUUGAGCAUGAAAAAAGAAAGCUUUAUCUCGAAGAAAUGUCUUGAAAGGAGUGAUUGGCGCAACAUGAAAAUUAGAGGAUAAAAUUAUCUUUAAAAGAGAGAGCAUUUUACUGUUAAAAUCAGGAAAUUAUUCCCAGUAAAUCGGAAGAUAUAAUUUUUUCAGUUCUGUGACACUGCAAUGGAUGACAGACAUCUCAGAAUAAUUUCGCAGUGGUGUCUCUGGCAUGUAAUUGAAAAAGACUUUUUUCUUGCAGAAAUAUUUAAAUAGUCUGAUCUGGACACUGUGGAAACUAGAAAAAAUAGAAUGAAAUUAGAAAGGAUUUAUAAUUAACAGGCAAAUCAAAAUGAAAACAAGGCUAGUUUAAUCAUUAUUGGAGUCUAGGGAUAGACCGACAGAGGAACAGUGAAGUUCUUGAGCUAGCUAACAGGCAAAUCAUGAGUUAUUAUUACCAAUACUAUUACUUUUGUUAUCAUCAUUGUUAUUGUUAUAUUUAGUAUAAUUAUUUAUUACCAUUUAAUAAUUGUUUGGGUGUCAGUUAUUCACUAUAUUCUUGAGUCAUCUUUCUCUUGUGGAACAGGGCUCUCAUGAGUAUUUGGGAUGCAGCAGGUUUUCUGUUUUGCAUGAAAGACAAAUCUUCUGUAAAGCUACUGUAUAGCAUCAUCUUACAACCUUUGGUUCUUUUCAAUACUAUAAAAAUUGUUCUAUAUCAGGAGCCACAAGCAGUCUUAACUGCUAUCUUUGAAAACAUGCUUGUGUGUGCACUCACAUUACAAGUUGUAAUUUUAGGUUUUGGAAUUGACUUUCACAAGGCUAUCUUGAAUGUGAUUAUCCAGUGCCAGGGCAACAGAAAAAAACUGAAUUUUCUGUUUAAUUUUGUGGUAUGUUAUUUCUAAGUUGGAAGGUCAUGGACCUCAGGUGACAAAUGCCAUUGAAACUGCAGGCUCUUAAAUGUUGCUAUUUUUGUUUUUUGGAUUUUAUUUCCCAAGACCAAUUGAAAAGAAUGGUGUCAGUUUAUUCCUAUGUUGAAGUAAGAAGGAAGAAAAAAAAAAGAAGAACUUGGAAUGGGGGAAGCAUCUAUAAGGAAAUAAGGUUGUUCUAUUACUUUGCAGCAUCAGAAGUUAAAACAGCCAAACUGAACAUAGUGCCAUCUUUGUGUUGUUUUAGGUAUCAGGCUUGACCCUUAGAAGACUGCUUGAAUGAGGCUGUGGUGCGAGACAUGAAGAGGGUGCGUCCUGAAGACCACGACAGUGUGUAUGGUCAAAACAGGCAGAGUUUCCGUCCCCCUCCUGUUCUUGCCCCAGCCCCAGUUGGCAUGGCAACCUAUUCUGAGCAGCUCCAGCAGGAUGGAUUAAGUGGAUUAGCCCAGUUCCCUGCUGCUGCGCAGAUGGCAGGUGCCCCUGGAUAUCAGUAAGUUUUUCAGAGAGUGACUUGAAAUCUUAAAAAUUUUAUGUGGGCAAAUAUAGCAGUUUCAUGGAUUGCAGGGUUUUCUUUACAAAAUAAAGUAGCAGACAAGAAGAAGUGAAGUAACUGGAGAAUAUUCUCCACAUCUAACAAAAAAGAAACUCAGGCUAUUAAAAUCUUGCUGGAGGAACCUCCAAUCUCUGUUUCCUGAUGCACAACCUACUUGGAAGUGUAGUGACUGUGUUGGUUUCCUCAAAAGACCAGUUGUACAUGUGUUCCUUCUCAAUCUAAACCUUUCAUUAUCUUAACAAGAUUGUGAGGAUAAGCAUAAUGAUGUAAACGUACAAUUUGUAAUGGUGUGUGGUUAUGUUAAAUGGGCAAUUACCUCACAUGAGCUCGCAGUAUCACCUGUCAACAAUAUGAUUUGAAAGGCUUGGUAGAAGGUAAACCUCCCUUUUGAAGGGUAAAGGAAAUUUGUGAAAACUGCUUUGAUUUUUCAGAGUUCAGGCACAGACUCCUCAGUCACAUCCUCAUGUUCAAAAUCCAACAUCUGGUCAUCACCAGGUGAGUUAGAUGUACAGCUGUACUUCUUUGUAUAUUGCAAUUUUAGUAUAAGGCUACUUCUGUUAUGUACUGUUGUUGUUACUGCUGGUCUUGAUAUACUUUAGAUUUCAUUUUGUGUAGGUCUGUUUCGGUUGAGAUUGUUUUUAUAGAGUUGAUGUAUAGUUGACACUUUGUUUCAUCUGAAACGAAAAAAAAUGUGUUUGUUUUGCUAUAGAGAAAUCCCAUUAUGAUUGAAAAGAAUGGGAGUUAAAUUGUUUUGAACAAAUUGGUUUAAAGCAUUUAGUGUGAGAACAAAUGAACAUGCUACCAUUGUGGAUCAUGUGACAUUUCAUUACUGCUAGCUGUUAUCCACAUCAUCCUCUAGGAAUACCAUCAAAGAGAAACUGUGUUUGAUUAAAGUGGUGGAAAUCACAUGGUAUCAUAUCAACAAAAAUGGCCCUUGAAGGGAAAUACAAACAUUAUAGCUUGUGUCCCAUUUUUUCCUUAGUAGUUGUCUUACUAGAUGACUUUUUCAUCAUGCUAGCCAAAGUAAAUUGAUUCAAAUUUUGCAGGACCAAAUUCAACUCUGGAAUGAAAAAAAAAAAAAUUGAAAGCAUUCCUGACUGUAAAAAGCAUGCAUGACAUCAAUAGACAUUGAGUUAGGUAUAAAAGAACUCACUAAUGGUGUGCAAUUGUUUUUCAGGGCCAAGUACAGGUGCAUGCACAAGCUCAGGGUCAACAACAACAGUUUCAACGAUUAAAGGUGUGGUAUAAAAAAAAACCUGUUGUUUUUAACAUUAUCUGAAUUAAAAAUGCUUAUUUUGAAUAUAAAUGGUUUAGAAAAGGAACAUCACACAGCUUGUGAAGCAAAUUUUACUUGAUAUGUUAUGAAGGUCUGCCUCAUUUUCCUCUUAGUGUUACUGGUGAUAUGUAUAAUUGUUGUUAUUGAAUUUACUGGUAACAUUUUCCCUUGCUUCUGCCUUGUUUGUGGUGUGUGCACAAGGCUUUUUCUAAUUUAACCAUCUGCAGUUUUAGUCUUGGGCACAAAGAAUUAUUAUUCCUUACUGAGAAAAAGUGACUGUCCCAUUAAUAGUUUUCUAAAAUGGUAAAUUCAAAUAAAGGAUUUAUAUUCUUUGUGGAUAUUCACUUAUAGCUGUAGCACCUCCAUUGCUUCUUCAGCAUUUUUUCAGGUUUCCCUCCAUAUUUAAUCACACUAACAUUUCAGUUACUGUGCCUCCUAACUGCAACUGUAAAGUUAACGUGUCAAAUAAAACACCACUCUGUGUGAGAUACUGAACAACUCAGGUGUUGAAGUUUUGUUUUGAUUUAUUAUCUAUUUUAAGGUUGAGGAUGCCUUGUCAUACUUAGAUCAAGUCAAACUUCAGUUUGGAAACCAGCCUCAAGUGUAUAAUGAUUUCCUGGAUAUUAUGAAAGAGUUUAAAUCUCAAAGGUAUCGUACAUGUUUGCUGUUCAAGCAAUAUCCAUUGAAAACGUUUCAUAGAUAGUGAUUCAGUUAGUGAUGUGUAUCUCUUUUUUCUCCCCAGCAUUGAUACUCCAGGUGUUAUCAGCCGUGUCUCAUCUCUGUUUAAGGGACAUCCAGAACUAAUUGUAGGGUUCAAUACAUUCCUUCCACCUGGGUACAAGAUUGAGGUGCAUGCCAGUGAUCCUGGUACUGUGUCAGUAACAGCACCCAAUGGACAGUCUCAGAUAACCACACUUAUCCAACCAGCUCAGCAACCAGUGAGUGGAACUACUUGGUUUUUGUUUUAUUUCUAAAUUUGGUGCAUGUUUCUGGUUUUGUGUUUCAUUUCAAAAUGAUAGAAGGGGUCAUAUGAGGUGAAACAUCUUGUGUAAGGGUUGUGAGAUAGGUGUUGACUUGCACGGUAAUGCAGUUAAAUGCAAUUUAACAGAUGUAACAACAAAUAGCAUCAGUGUUCUUUAGUAGUCAGUGGUUUUUGCAGAUGGGUCAAUUCCAUGUGCUAUUCAUUUGAGGCAUUCUUGUGUGUGCUUUGAGUGUGAACUUGCAGUGUUGUUUGGAGUGGCAGCACAUCGUCCAGGUCUUCCCACUGCUUAUUUAGCGUAAUGGGUGCCUGUUUCCCUUUCCUGUGUGGGGCUCAUGGCUGGGUUGUCAGGAUUUUCUAGCCAUGGGAAAAGUCUCCAGCUUGGAGCUGGCUGUCAAUAGUGGAAGCUCAAGAUGUCUCGGGCACCCAACCUCCACUUAGCCAUGCAAUUGUUAACUUCAGGUUAAAUGCAUUGUUGUGACAAGGCUUGCUCUCAAGGGGUGCUAGGUGAAGAAAAUCCUCAGCCCUGAUUGGCUACCCAUGUAAGGCACAUUCUGCUGGGUCAUCAUACUGUACAUACUUUGACCUUAGACUUGGCCAAUAACACGUUUUUCCUCUAAAUGGGUUAGAAAGUAAAAACUAACUUUCCAGCUGGUAUUCUUCAACACUUUUGAUCUAUCAACAUUCGUUGGCAAGCUUUUGAAAAACGUGAAGGUCUGGAUACCUUUAACCUUUUUACUGUCCAUGUUGUAAUGGGUCACAGGACAGAUAAGUGCAGUAGCUACAGUUGUCCUUUUGAGUAUUGUUGUAUGUUUUGUUACAGGUACAUCAGUCAGGUGGGCAACAAGGACAACAACAGCAGCAGUCACAGCAGAAACAGCCGCAACAGCAGCCGCAGCAGCAGCCGCAACAUCAGCAACCACUUCAGUCACCAACUGCUCAACAAGGACAGGUAUAAUGCUAUUGUCAAAGACACGUUUAAAUAGCUCAUUACUUUAAUGUACAGCCACCUUCUCUACACAAGCCACAUGUGCUCAUUCCUGAAAGUGAAAAGUUCCAGUUGUAACAUUUACUCGUUAAAUCUACCCUAGUUAACAUGUAAAAACUUUCAAAAGCCCUCUUGUUUAUGUAUCUUUUAUUUAUAUAUAUAUAAGAUCAAGGUUUUGUAUAAGAUGUUGUUACAAGUUUUUACUUAACAUUGAUCUACCUGAAAACAGUAGCUUUUGUGUCUGUAUAUAAGAAGACUCCAAAUCUUGUUUGGUUUUUUUUUUUUUUUUUUUUUUUGGGUGAUGCAUGGUCUUAUGUUUUGAUUUGCUGUAAAUUAAGUUUGUUCUUUGGCUGAUUUUAUUAAGUUGGAGAAGUGAUUUAUCUAACAUUAUUGUUAAUAGAUUUUACCUUCAGUGUUUUUCUUUGGGAUGACUUGGUCGGCUUUAGAAGAUGUUCAUAAAAUUUUUUUACAUCAACAGAGAUUAGGAAGGAAAAAUAGGCAUAUGGGCCUAUAAUGCCAUUUCGUUUACUUAUGUGCCAUAUGCACAUGGCGCACAGCAUUUCCAAUUCCUGCAUCAGUGGUGUUACAGUACUUUGAAAAAAUGUAGAGUUUGGGUUUCCAAUGCAUUUCCUGAUUACCAUUAAUUUUUAAUUGGAUUUCUUUUAUCUUUUUGUAACACAGGGUCAGCAACCAGUGGAAUUUAACCAUGCAAUAAAUUAUGUGAACAAAAUAAAGGUGAAGAGCUCUCACUUUUUUUUUUUGAAGAUGGUGCAAGCAAUUGUUUCAGUUUAUUAACAAGAGAUAUUUUUGUUUCUUUUGCAAUAGAACCGGUUUCAAGGACAGCCAGACAUCUACAAGGCUUUUUUGGAAAUUCUCCACACAUAUCAAAAGGAGCAGAAAAACAUCAAAGAGGUAAGGUAGCAGUAAGAUAAAUUGAAUUUUUUGUUUGAAAGCUUUCAGAUUUGAAAUCAAAUUUCAUGUUAACCCAGGGUUAUGUUACCCUGCACAACCCUUGAAACAACCCUUGAACAACCCUGCACAACCCUUGAACAACCUGGCCUAGACUUGAACAUUUGAUGCUCUCCAUUGAACAUGAAAUGAGAGUGACAUUUGAUCAUUUCCUUUGGUAAUUUUUCUUUUUGAAAGUAGGGUGGGUAUGGUUUUUGCUCAUUUCUUUCCUAAUUGAAUUUGUUUCCUGAAUUAAAUUUGCAGGCUGCCAUGCAAGGAACUCCUCUGUCUGAACAAGAAGUAAGUCCAUGUGUCUUUAGCUUCCUGGACAGGAGAAGUUCAUUUCAUUUCAUGUGGGAGAAUUUGUGAUACAAUUUUUUUUGUGUGUAUUUUAAGUCUUUUUAUUCUUGUUUAGAUCUAUACAAGAGAAGCAAAACUUGCCAGUGAGGUACAGUGCACUUAUAUUUGUAUUCUUUUAAAACUUCUAUGUGUUUCUGGAUUGAAAUUGUGUUUACUGUUAGGUGUUAUGGAAGAAUGAGGUUUAAGCUUCACCAGAGUUUCCUUUUAGGUGCUUGCAUCAUUUGUUCCUUGCCAAAAGGUUAUUUUCACAUCUAUAGGUGUAUCAUCAAGUUGCAAAGCUUUUUCAAAAUCAAGAAGAUUUGCUUCAAGAAUUCAGCCAGUUUCUUCCAGAUGCUAAUGGUGCUGCAAUGUCUGGGGUUAGUCACAUGGCUUGUUACAAUUUCUUUCUUCUUGUAAAUAGUUAUUCUUGGUGAGAAUUAUUUGUGUAUUGAGCCAUUCACCAAAAAUAUUCACUCUUACAUCUUUCAGACUGUCAUUCAUUGCCUUGUAUCAAAGUUUAGUGAACUGUUUGCUGCAUCAACCAAUUAUCUUCUUUUUAAUUCCCAUCAUGCAGUGCAAUGACAUGAAGCCAUACUUAAGGCUGCUGAAUUUAAUCAAUUAAAUGCGGCAGCGUGUAUUAAAUUUUUCUUGGUUUGAGUGUAGUAUUAAUUAGAGGGCGGCACUUAUACAAGGGUGGUGUUUAUUUAAAAUCCAAUUUAUUUCUUGCAAACAAUAGUAUGGCAACUGACUAUUUGGAUUGAAAAGGAAAGAAACAUGUUUUGGUGCUUGUCUAAAAAGUAAUUUUUUAUAUUGUUUUCAAUUUCACAAUUUGUAUGUUAAUACUACUGCAAUACAUAACAUGAACAAAGAUUUAAUAUUGGAUGUGCAUUCUCAACAUUGGAACUGGUACAUCAAAAGGAUUUGUGUCUGGCUUACUAAAAAUUUCCAACGGUGUUUGAAGCAUUGAUCCUGUGUGCCUUCUGAGUGUACUAUUCGAAUAUACCCCACAUCAUGAUGCAGCAUUUAUUUGAGGGUGGCAUUUAUUAAUAAUUUAUUACUGCUUUAAAAUGUGGCAUUAAUUUGAGGGCAGCAUUUAAUUGAUUAAAUACAGUAUAGGAACUUAUAUCUAGGUGGGACUAAAGCUUGUGUUUCUUAUCUGCAAGGGUCACCUGACAUGCUAGUGAAGUUCCACAAUAUGUGAACAUGGCACCCUACUUAGUCACUUAUCCAGUGUUGAGUGCAAAUUAACAGAUGUGGAUGUUGUUUCAAUGUUUGUUUUUCAGGGUUUAUUAGCAGCAAACAGGUUGCCAGCUCACCUGACAGCUGCAAGGAAUGAGUAUGUACCUCCCACAAAGAAGCCGGCUGGUAAGUUACCAUUCAGUGUUAAAAAUUUAAAGUGUGUCCUCUUGCUUAAAAGGAGUACUGCUGCAAUAGAUAUGUCUUCUUACAUGUAUGUCAGAAAAUGUUCAUUUCAUGAAGCUGUAUGAUAUGGGGUAGUGGCCCAAGACACACUACAAUUGGUUAAGAUAAUGUUCCUUGGUUUUUUGCAGGUGGGUCAAAUUCCUCAAAACGGAUGAUACACCAGAUCAGAAGAAAUUCAAACAAUGUCUCCUCUUCCCCAACCCACCCUCAGGCAAAGGUAGGAGUAGUUGCAUCAUGUCCUUCAUGAUACAUCAAGCAACAUGAUUUUGUUCGUUUGUUUGUGAUGACUGGCUGCUGUAAAAUGUGAUAGCCAAUAGUAUUUACAUUUUAAAUUAUAAAAUAAUUCAGGGUGUGAAAUUAACUUUUUUUUCUGAUAGCCACUUGGCUCCUGAAUUCUUCAAAGUGGUAGCCAAUUCAAAAAAAGUUGGUCGCCAUUUUCAAAGACAAACAAAAUCUUUCUUUACGCUGUCAGCGUUCUAGAUAGACCCUCCAACAUUAAGUUAGGGAAAAGAUCUUUAACGUGCUACAAAGUGGACACUAGGAUGGAUGAUAAACAACGUUCAGGCUCAUCUAAAUCCAAGAUGGUGUCUAGUUAUUGAUCGAGAUUCAUGUGCUAUGUUUUGGAAACAAACUUAACGAGGAAGUUUGCCGCAGAUUUAUCUUUGCAAAUCUUUUUAAUUCACUAUAUCUCUUGGUAAGAUUAUGAUGAAACGUUCUAGUCGCCAAUUUGGCGACUAACUUUCAGGAUUUGGUCGCCAAAGUGAAAAAUUUAGUCGCAUUGGCACCUGUAUUAGGCACAAUUUCACGCCCUGUAAUUCAAAUAGUAUGCAGGCUCUGAUUGGCCAUAAAACCAUUUUACAUGAGUGUAUGUAAACACGGUUUUCGUUCCUCUUUCAUUAGUUAUUUUAUAAAAGAAAUGUAAAAUGGUUUCUGUGUUUACAUAGCCUGAUGUAAACACUUGGGAGGUUGGGAGAACACUCGAUAAGCUGGAAACCACUCCACUUCGCGUCGUGGUUUCCUAUGCUUAUCUUGUGUUCUCCCACCCUCCCGCAUGUUUACAUCAGGCUAUGUAAACACAGAAACCAUUUUACAUUUCUUCAACAAUUGCCAACUUCAAAAUGGUACUGGACAGUUUUUUUUGGUUAACGUAAAACUAUUCAGGGAAAUCAACAUCAAAAGGAAAAAAAAUGAGGAUUGGUACAUGUGUCAUUUAUUCAUUUUUGCACUGAUUUUGUUCCUCUAGCAGAAGAAAUCGAGAAGUGCAAUCAAAGAUGUACCCCUGGAUGAGGCACAGAAACAUGGCACCUUCUCGGAAUUUGCAUUUUUUGAAAAGGUAAUGAAAUGAAUUAAAUAUUUGCUUUCUUUCUACAGUAUUAUUUUGCUGCUCUGGUAAGUGAGACUCUUUACUUGUAUCCUUAUGUUCUUCUAACAUAACCUUGGAAAAUAUAAUUUUAUCUCUACUGAUGUCUAGGUGAGGAAAGCUCUCAAAAAUCCUGAGCUCUAUGACAACUUCUUGCGAUGUCUUGUAUUGUUCAAUCAAGAAGUUAUCUCUCGAUCCGAACUGGUUCAACUGGCAUCCAACUUCCUAGGGUAAGCCCUAAUAAACUAACUGUUCCUUUUUAAUUAGAUAUAUACUUUCAGCUGUCUGUCAGCAGUCUCCUGUGUUUGUACAUCAUUGAUCAACAGCUGUAGCUGAUCAUAUUUAGAGAAACACAUCAUACUGUUUUAGUAGUAUUUUGCUGGGAAAUAUUUAAACUAACCAUUUCCAUUUAUUACUGUGUGGUGUUUUAAUUGGUAAUCUAAUUCCCUUGCAGAAAAUACCCAGAGCUGUUUCAAUGGUUCAAGGAAUUCCUAGGCUACAAAGACUCUUCUCCCAUGGAGACUGUGGCUAAUGUUAAAGAACGAACUUCAGGAGAACUGCAUCAUCUUGAGAUAGAUUAUUCCUCUUGCAAGAGAUACGGCACAAGUUAUAGAGCACUUCCUAAGAGCUAUACACAGCCAAAAUGUAGUGGACGUACUGCUCUGUGUAGAGAAGUCCUUAAUGACACCUGGGUGUCUUUUCCUUCAUGGUCAGAAGACACUCCCUUUCCAGGAACAAGAAAAACCCAAUAUGAAGAGUACAUUUUUAGGUAAUAUUAAUGGUCAAAAGUCAGAACUUAUCUUUUUAAACCUGGUUACAGUCUGUAGUUCUUAAGUUGUAAAUUAUUCGCAAUGUGAGCCACUUCUUGACUUUAAUGUUCUGGAUAUGUUUUAAUCUCCAUUUUUCUUCUUAUUAUGUGUAGGUGUGAGGAUGAACGAUUUGAGGUUGGUUUGCAAACUUUUUAUUUAUUCCAAGUUGCUUUUGUUUGUUCCUUAAAUACAUGUAUGUAUUUUUGCAUUUUUAGUAUUGUAGUCAAGCAAACCAUUUUCAAUGUAAUUUUAAUGUAGGAAAUCUCUUUCAGCUGGAUGUUGUGUUAGAAUCCAAUCUUUCCACCAUUCGUGUUUUAGAAGCCAUACAGAAAAAACUACAGAGGUAUGUAGUACUGACUUGUGCAUGUAGAGAAUUCUUUAUCUUGCUAAAUGUAGGACAUACAGGGGUAGUUAAGCAAAGUCCUUUUCAAUUAGAUGAUGCUACAUGCUUUGUUCAGUACAUUUUAUGUGCAUUUAUGUAGUUACACACAUGUAGCUUGACUUUGCUUACAUGCUCCACCUAACUUGUAAGUCUGCACCUGCUUGUUCAGAAUGCUUGAUGUUGUCUUUGUUUUGUUAAAGUUUGGUUGCCAUUCUUUGUUUUAGAAUGCCUGCUGAAGAGCAGGCAAAAUUUCGACUUGAUAGCUGCAUUGGAGGAACAUCUGAGUUCAUUCACAAAAAGGCCAUCCAGAGGUACAAUCAUCCUUCUUGUCAUAACCAUUAUAACUUGAUGAAGUUCUAUUAAAUAUGGAAGGCAAAUGCAACAAAAAAACCUACUCAAGGUCUUGAAUUCUCAGUGGGUUGUUAUUUCAUCCCUACAAAUGUUUGUGAGUGCAUCCUAUUCAAAGGAUGGGAAUGAUUUCAAUCCAAAUGUAUUGCAGCACAAUCAGCAUUACAUUAAGAAACAGUAGGAGUAUUGAGAAAAAAAUUUUUAUUUGACAUUUCGUGAAACUAUCCUUUUCCUUUAAUUAGUAAUAUAUAUAUAUAAUUGUUGAUCUUUUAACAAGGAUAUAUGGUGACAAAGCUCCUGAUAUUAUUGAUGGUUUAAAGAAAACACCUGCAGUGGCUGUGCCACUGGUACUUAAGAGGUGAGGAAAUUUAUUUUCCCAUUUCAAGACCAGUUAUGCUACAUUUACCUUCUAUGCAUACGCUUGUCUGAGCAUAUAUAUACAAUCAGUGAAACAUCUUAUCACUCCUAAAAUAACCUGAUUGAAAACCUACUACCCUCAGUCAACGUUAUUGUGGAAAAGAAUUAGACAUACUCUAAAACCUUUGCAGCACAAAAUGUUUUUUUCUCUGGCAAAGAGCUGAAUCAUCAGCUGGCUGCCACAAUUACCCCCAAUUUGUUUCAUUUCUAAUUCUAAUUCUGAAUGUGCUUAUGUCAGAAAGUGUAGAAUUUUGUUGUUCAACAAAUGUAAUGUUUUGAAAUAAAUUUUUCUGAUUUAGGUUAAAAGCCAAAGAAGAGGAGUGGAGAGAAUCUCAGAGGCAGUUUAAUAAGAUAUGGCGAGAUCAGAAUGAAAAGUACUACCUAAAGGUAAAUGAUAGUGUUACUUUCACUGUAUUUUUUAUUGCCCUUUCAAUCUUUUCUUGCAUCUUGAAUUUGUGGAACUAGUAUAUAAACUAUUUUCACACAGUAUUAACUCGUAGGUAAAAUAACUUUUCCUUUGCAGUCCCUGGACCAUCAAGGGAUCACUUUCAAACAAAAUGACUUGAAGGCCAUGAGAUCGAAAAGCUUGAUAAAUGAGAUUGAGACAAUUUAUGAUGAGGUAGGUUGGUUAAAAAUUCUGUUUGCACUGCUCUUUUGUCGUUGUAAACUACAAUACACAAUAAAUAUUUCUAUAUAUAUUAAAGCUACUCUCUCUUAGUGAUGUUAAACAGAUUAGAUUAAAAGCAAAGGAACAAAUAAGAGUACAGUAAAACGAAACAUUUAGUUAGUGAUGAGUAAAAUAUUAUUUUGAAAUUUAGAGUAAAAAUAGUAGACUGAAAAAUUGCCCGCAGUAGUCAAAUUUUUCAUAAAUUAUGCGGUUGUUUAUCAUAACAUCAUAGAAGCUAGAAGGAACUGAGAUGUAAGAAUAAUUUCAUAUGGUAAGCGUUUAAGUGAUACAUUUGCAAUUUGUUGGCUGCUUUUUCUUUUGUUUCGUUUUUUCCCGCUGUAAUUUAUAACUGACCAGAUGCACGUCAACGUAAUGUAACUGUGUAGCAUUUCAUUUUCUUGUUUUGGUACAAAAAUGAAGGAUAUACAUCAUUAGUUUUUGUAGCUUGAAAAUUUUGCUCAUCGUUUUAAGUGGGCAUUCAUAGACUUUGUAAAUCUUCAACAUUCUUUGCCAUCUUUUCUUUUUUCGGACAUUCAUGUUUUUGUGUUUGUUUAUACCAAGAAUCUAUCUCGUAAGGUUCUUUAUGUCAUGUGUACGCCUACUAUGCCACAUAGGGAACCAAAAAUAUGAUGAUGUAGAUAAACGCCAUCUCAGAGGUGCUCAAAUCAAGUUUGUUUUGCGUUUCAGAGACAAGAGCAAGCAGCUGAAGGUAAUGGAGAUGCUGGGGGUCCUCACUUGGUUUACACCUACCAGGACAAGUCGAUUCUCGAUGACGCGGCCGGUCUGAUUGUUCAUCACAUGAAGAGACAGACGAGUAUUCACAAGGAAGACAAAGCAAGGAUAAAGUUUCUCUUACACUGUUUCCUACCGGAUUUGUUCUUCGCACCAAGGUAAGGAGAGGAAGUCUAUUUGAGUAUCAGGUGAUCUGGGAGAAGAGAGGGACGUACAUGUACCGUGUGAGGAAGCGGACAUGAAAUAUGGGGGAGCCUGUUAGACAGUUCCCUCUCUCCCUCUAUUGCCUGAAUGUGUACGUCUCACUUUCAUAGGCCCUUCCUAAUCACUUGCAGUCGAUUUAAACCAGCUGCUAACACGCACUACAUUGCUGUGGAGUAAUUUAUGGUGCAAAGAUACAAGUACAGUUGAGAGGAUACUUUUGAAAGCAGAAGUGUUAACUGAGCCAACUUCUUGUUUACUUCUUAGUUAAGGAGACUUUUUUUUUCUUGUCUUAAAAUUUUUGUUUCAGGCACCGAUUUUGUUAAAGGGUCCUUCGUAAGAGUUAUCAGAAAGUCUUUAUUUCAAACGAAGUAGUACUUUUGGAAUGUAUCUAAUCACUUUUCUAACUUAACAGAAGAGAAUGUUUCAUCUUAGGACUGUUUUGUUUUAGGGGUGAGCUGAGUGAUGAUGAAGAUUCGGUAAAGGAACUUAACGGCCUUGGUAAGUAACUGUAAGCUUAAAGAGUACACGCUCAACUCUCUGCGUGUAACUAAGUUAAUCGUUCUUUGCCUUUAUGUGCUUGUAAGAGGAAAGAGCGCUCUGUGUUACAAGAUCAAAAAGCGGUUGCAAUGGAGGCAACGAAAUGAAAAGCAGAGGGACCAUCAUUGACGCGUGCAGUUUGCCUUUACAUGUGUAGCGCGUCGGUAGAUCCUGCGGUACAAGGGAGUGUCACCAGUUAUGAUUCUUACAUCUACUGUUUUGUGUUUUUCUAAGUUUCAUUUAUUUCUUUUCUCUUUGUUCCAGGCAAACCGGAACUUACUAACGGUUUACCAGAGGCAGAAGCAGUAAGUAACUUUGGGUUUUAUGAAAGGUUUUUUUAGAGUUUUGUUUACAAGUAGUUAGAUGAUAUUUGUUGGCAACUGUAAAAGUUUCGUUGCCUUCCUCAAAGAGUCGUGUAACAUUGACAAACUGUAAAAUCAAUGAUAUCUAAAACUUGAGUUGUACAGUAGUUCGCCAUCCCCAAGGUCCGGCUCGAGUGGAAGACGCGUUUGCCUUUGAGUUAAGGCUGGGCCUUAAUUAUGACUAUCCAUAUGUUAAUAAUUCCAUAAACUUUUCUUUCAGGAUGAUGCCUAUAAUUUAAUAUAUGUAAACAACAACUGGUACUUACUCUUCAGACUUCAUCAGGUAAAGAAACCCAACUUAAUCAAGUUAAUAAAGGUUUUUUUUGAAAUUUUCAUUUUUAUUAUUGUUUUUGUGUGUGUUGUUUUAUGGAACGCUCAGUGCAAUUGAAAAUCCUCAUGAUACUCUCUUGUUGGAGAGCGUCCUACUGAGACACAAAGUAUUGCUCUAGGACGUUUGAGCGAGGUUUUGAACUGCCAUACAUAUCUUAACCCUUUAAGCCCCGAUAUCAACAUGUAUAUUCUCGUCACUGUUCUCCGUAUGUUUCUUAUUUUACUAAUUGAGAGAAUUUGUUCAAACAUCAAGACAUUUCAACUUUGGUGAUCAUUUCAUUCAUUCUCGUGAUCUGUACAUUUGAUCAGGCAGUAAUAUUGUUAGGAGAAAUUAGAUGCUGGUCACUAUUGUGGCUUAAAGGUUUAAACGUAAUCUUAUUGUUCAUUUGUAGAUGCUCUGUGAGCGACUGCUGAAGAUGUAUCAACAGUCUGUCAUGAUAGCUGAAGGUGAAGCUUGUGACAAGCAGCAGAGAAAACAGGCCACAGCCAUUGCUCUGAGACUUAAGGCACCCAGCGAGAUAGACCUUGAGGAAUAUUAUCCAGCGUUUCUAGACAUGAUAAGAAACCUGCUGGACGGUAAGAUCAAGCUUUUCCAGCUCCUUAUCUGUUGUUGUUAACAAAUGAGUUAAAUACCUUAGAUUAUUAUGUUUCACUUUUGGAAACGUGAUGUUAUAGAAUGUUGACGAUGCAAUUGAUUUUCACUCAUUGUAGGAAACAUGGAUUCUACAAACUUUGAGGAUACGUGUCGCGAGAUGUUUGGUGUUCACGCUUACAUCGCAUUUACUAUGGACAAAUUAGUACAGAACAUAGUGAGACAGGUGAGUGAUGACUUGGCAGUAAAGGAAAUGCUCACGUGAAUAUCAUAGUUGUUACUCCAGCUUGUUUAAAGGCAUCCCUACCCACUCAAGUAGUCACAAGAAACCUUUAUGAGGAUUAAAACCAACUUCCUCCCUGAAAAACGUUACGCGUUUAUAAACCUCCCCACCCCCCUUUUUUUUUCCAGCUACACACCAUUGUUACAGACGAUUCAUGCAACCAGGUCACUGAACUAUACCAGCAGGAGCAAGGUAACCUGGCCACCGGUGGAAGCUCGGCCACUCAGCAUACCCGCGCAGUGUCAGAAGCUGCAUAUCAAAAAAGAUCUGAGUCACUGCUUUCGGAUGAGAACUGUUACAAAGUUGUCAUUGUAAGUGUAACACUGUUGUUUUUCGGAUCGGCCUCCUUUUCAUGGUUGUUUUACUGUUAGAUGGUUGCACUUUUUGUGUUAUCAUUAUUUUUUUAUUUUAAUGUUAACAGCACAAAGACAAGAACAUCUGCAGACUGAGUAUUGAGUUGCUUGAUACAGAGGACUCUCAUUCAGAAGAUCCAGUCGAAGUAGAGGUAUGUCCAAUAACAAGAAUUGUACUGCAUUUUGAGCAGGUGAAGGUGAUUUUAUUUAUCCAACAUAAAACCCGACAGUUGGUCCUAAGGGCUGUCAUUGAAAGAAAUGUGUAGCAAGGCAUGCGGAAAGAUUAGUGUUGUAUGUAAAAAUCUGAGAUCAUCCCCCGAAAAGGUUUUGAGAUCAGACCCCUAUAAAAAUUCGUGAAGAGUUAUCAGCCUUGCAGGAAAGAAGGUCUCGACAUCAGUUAAGUUGACAGGUUGGCCAGCGAUCGAUAUGUUGAAGAUAAACGAAGAUACAGCUCUAUUGGGGGGUUUUUGGAGAAUUUCUUUUCAAAGGUGACAGGUCCUUGUGCGUUAAUUUAGCCUAGCUAACUUGAAUUUGUCUUUUUCUGUCCAUUAGAAAUGGAAUGAAUACGUCGAAAAGUUUGUCGGCAGCGAGGAAGUUUCCACAGAGGUCAAGGAUCAUUUACAGAACAAACCCAUAUUUUUACCAAGGUUAGAAUGCUUUAAGUCUUGUUUAAGAAGUCUCUAUUAGGUCUCUCUCAGGUAGACACAAGAAACUCCAAGUGUUUCCAGAGUCUGAUUUCUGGCAAGCCGUUGUAGAGGGCGGUAUCUCCUUGUUUAUGCCGCUAAUACGCUUUAAAGCCUGAAAUAUCGAUCGUCACCUAAUGGACAGCUUGAGCAAUUUCACCAAGUAUUCGCUAAAGUGAUGGUGUGAGAGAUUGUGGAAGGACCCUUUUCGCGCGUAAUACCUGUACGGUGACAGUAAUAAUACACAAUAAUCGAGCAAGAUUGAAUGGGUGGUUCAAAAGGGUGCGGGUUUUUUUUUCUCUCCAGAACGGUUCGUUCCAACUCGCGGAUGAAACCGUCGACCACCCCAAGCACCGAGAAAGAAUCGACGACAAAUGAUAAUGGAUCGUCAACUGAUGAUGCUGAAAGUGAGGGAAACAACAGGUUAGUAUGAGAAAAUUUAUCGGCUAAACAAACAACAAAGAUUCAAUUACCAUUUAAUUGAAGUGGCAGAUAAAAGAAGUAAGUCCAGCAUUCGUGGAAAUUUGUCUUUGCCUUCUGUCUGUGUUUGGGACCCUGGGAACUUGCGGAACUUUAAUCCAUCGGCGAAUUCGUAAGCCUGGAGGGCUGGGUCUUGGGUAAAUGAGCAAUGAGGUUUUUUUUUUUAAUUUUUAAUUUUUUUUCCUUUAUAAUUUUUGAACGUGAAAUGAUCGGGAAAGACUUAGACCUUAUAGACAGAUGUCAGCUCCAUGCUUCUGGUUUUAUAGUUACAACUUUUUUUCUGACAAUGUUUGUUUUCUAUAGCGAUAAAGAAGAAGAAAAUGAUGAAGGAGAGGAAAUGGAAGUCGAGAACUCUAUGGAAUGUAAACUUAGCUUGAACUCAUACAAGAUUCGAUUUGUCAAAGGCAGUGAGGAUUACCUGUACAGGCGACAGUCUCUAAAGCGAGCAAAAGAGGUAAGUGAAGGCACGGUGCACUCUUAUUACAGUUUUGCGAGCGACCGCCUUGAAUGUCAAACAGUAAUGUUGCAACCUUGAAGAGGAAAUGGAGGUAGAAGAGUAAUGAAUGUCAAGCAGUCGGAAUCUUUGUUUCUGAUUUAAGUCCUGUAGAGUUUUUAAAUCCAUAGAAAAUCCAGACUUCUAAGAAUGUGCAAGCGUCUUGUGAUAAAAGGAAAAAAAAAAUGGUGGGGCCGGCUCUUUGUUUGAAGUCAUUGGCUUCUAAUGUUGUUCUCAUUCUUAUUCACAACCUGCCAGAAACGUAAAAAUCGAUCAACGAAACACAAAAAUCAAAGAGAAUUGAAAUAGGGACUAUCAGUAUGACUGAAGUGGUUGCCAGGACUCGAAUUCAUAGUUGUUGCCUCUAGCAGUUUUGAUUAUUUGUUCAACUCAAAUAUUCAGUCGAUUUUACCUCGGUUUUUCCUUACUUGUUUUCCUCCAAUAAAACGCACACUUCAAUUUAAGCUUGAAAGAGAAAGAAAGAAUAUGAUUGAAGCUUAAGAAUGUACUUGAUUUUGCUUGUUUGUUUUCCAGAGUCAUUCUUUGGUGGCAAACCGUCUUCACUCCAGAUUUCAGUCGUGGUUAAGCGAGUGGGUUAAGAAUCACGUGUCCAGCGACCAGGAAAGCGGGUGUCAUGACUGGCUGCUGGGACGAGUGGAUGGGCUUCAUCCCUGCACAACAACUUGCGAGACUAUCACGGAUACAGCCAUCAAACACAAUAAAUACUCCGUGAAAUGGGACAAGGACAAGAACGUGCAAGAAAAGAACGACGAAGACAAAGAGAGCGAGCAUAAUGCCGCGUCAUAAGCCUGUCCAGUUCUGUACAGUUGAUUAUAGUUAAACGGAUUUUAUAGGUAAACUAGUGUAUUGUAGUCAAGGAAUGGCGUUGAAAAAGAGAAAGACGUGGCAUAGGGUUGCGUGCCUCGUGUUACGUAAAGCUAAGGACUUAUUGCAAUUAGUGGGUCACAUCUGGCUUGCUUUGGCCUUAGAGAAUCACCCCGGUUGGACUGUAAAUGCGAUUUUUGUUCGUAGAGAUGCUUUCCUUAUCUAACUUGUUGCAAUUCUCUCUUCUGAUUGAGACGUCUAUUGUCUUCCUUUUCUUAUCAACAGUUAUUUUGUACAUACGACAUUCACUUAGACAGGUCGUUGAGGCAAUAAUCGCAAGGAAUGAAAUCACUCAGAUUUGCCGCAGACGAUGCUGUUCACUUUUCUUAUAUUAUUAUAACCACACCCUUAUCUUGUAUUAGCUUCAAGAAUCACUUAACUGUAAAAUCUGGCUCAUGUCUUUCCUGCCAUAUGAAGGCUUCAAUUGGUGUGUAGAAUUAAAUGACAAAUUAAAAAUUCUCAGGGAAGGUUCGUCCCGAUACUUUUAAUCGCUUCUAACGUCGUAGAAACUUACCUUUAAACGAAUGAAAUGUAAAAUGAUUGUUCAUUGUAGAUGACAAAAAUCAGAGGAGUAAAAAAUGUUGAAAAGGAAAGAGGAUGGUUAGGAAUAGCGAACCACAGAUGGCUUAUUUAAAGUUAACUUUUCACAAUGUUCAAACCGUGACUUGCCUUCCUAAAUAAUUUUUCUUCUUGUUACUUAAAAACCUCUUCCCCAACCCCUAACUUAAAGACGUGAAAAGAGAUCUGCUUUAAAGAGCCUGGAUUUUUAAAGUACUUGUACUCUGUCGGUUCUGUUUUUUUUUUUUCUUUUUCUCUUCAAUGUUGU